AAAUAAACUGGUCAAAUCACAACUUCAAAUAAACGAAGUUUGCCGCAUUAUUAUUUAGAAAUGUAACAUUUAAGUUAUUAAAAUAAUCUUUCAUUAGGUAUUUAAUACAUUAUUUGACGCUUGACAUUAUACCUACAGUGAUCUACUCAAGAUGUACAAAUUAGUUUUGUGAGAGAAAAGACGGUAGACGAUACCCGAUGUGAAGAGACUGACGAGUUUUAUGAAGCUACCCGACAUAAAUCAUCUUCAGUUUAAACACGGCGAAUAACGGUCACGCUGGCCGUGACUCGUGCCUGCAGGUUAUAGUGCAAUAACAUUUAUAAAACAAGAAUAAGAUAACCAAACAACAAGUGUUCAUAGAAGCUGUGUAAGGUGAUUUCACUGAAGUCGAAUAUGGAUAAAUACCAAGACAAAGAAAAUGUAAAAGCGAAAACAAGGAUUCCUUUACCAUUGGCACCCCUGCCAGCUCUGCCAAACCACUUGCUUAAAAAAAUAAGCGAGAGACCCCCAUUGAAUACAUUAGCUGGCCCUAAUGGACUCAGUCAAAAUGUGCCCUCUAGUUUGCUUUGCGUGGCUGGACCAAGCAAUGCAAAAAACAAAAGCAUCGUGGAUAGACUGAAAAGUCCUUUUCAAAUUGACACAAAAUUCGUAACAGUGCAACGGGGAUGUGAAUAUUUGGACUUUAAUUUUGUUGCUUACCAAGAUGAUAAGCGAAGAGUUUCAGAGCCAACUGUCAUUACUGUUAGCAGUGAUGAAGAAAAUGAAUCAAAUGAAAAGGAAAUAUAUUUCACUGAUAAAGACAGCCUUGCUAAUAAGAGGCGGAUGUCAGCAAGCACUCCGGCCCUUAACACAUUAGUUCCAGCCAGGGUGAAGAAUAUCAAGCGAAGCUUAAAGAGACCUCAUAGUAGGGAACUGCAAGGGUUAACGCCGCUGGAAAAUCGGGAAAAGGUGGAUGAUAGAGUGAAACGGAGACUGAAUUUCAAUCAGACAGUUAGAGAGAGGAUGCAGACACCUGAUUUAUCACUGAAAUCAUACAUGGCUAAUAUGGACAGAGAUUACGCAGGUGAAAUUCUAUCAUAUCUUCUACAAGCCGAGAGGAAAACAGCGGCGCUCCCGCGGGUGAAGAGUGAGACGAGAGCUUGCGUUAUCAACUGGCUGAUGAAAAUAAAUGGCGUAGACGGCAACCCAGCCACCAUUCAAACUGCGGUGUGGUACCUGGACGCCGUGCUGGCCACCGGCAACGUGACGCUAGAGAAUAUGCAGCUAGUGGCCGCAGCAGCGUACUGGAUAGCGACCAAGCACCACGGCCCGCUGACUCCUGCGUCCAAGCUUGUCAAAUACGCCAACCAUGCCUUUACGCACCAGAGGCUGUUGGAAGCGGAGAAAGUAAUAUUGGCUAGAUUGAAAUUUCCUCUCCUACCAGUAGUGCCCCAAGACUACAUCUGGUACUUCGCGUGGUGGUGCAACCAUGAGCGGCCCGGCGAGAUCGAGGUGGCCACCACGUUCCUCUGCCUCUGCGGGCUGAUGGUGAACAAGAGCCUCUGCUCGGAGUACCCGUCCGUCGUGGCCGCAGCUUCCGUGAGGAAUGCACUGUUGUUGCUGAAGAAGAAGGAGCUGAUACCGACACUACAGAAAUGUCCAGCAUACGUAGCAGCCGAAAAAAAGGCCGCGAACUUAUCGCACAUAUGUGCCAUCCUCCGCCACGCGGUGCGCGUAGUGGGCGCAAAGAACUACAGCUCAUAUUCCUCAUUUCAUGCUCAGUUGUUCAUAUUCGAGCAGUACGGAAUGCCGCCCAAGUAUAUCGCGCAGACCAUCGUGAGCUCGGCCAACGAGCUCGCUGUCAUGGACACUAGGAGUACCGCUGUCAUAUUUUGAAGGGUUCACCGGGUGGGCCCUGUAACAAAAGCCAAAAAUUUUGCUGUAGGCUCCUUAAACUGACCAACAUUUGUUCAGCGACUUUCAAAAAUGUUGAAGUCUUAAUUUAUAUUAUUUUCAUACAAAAUAAAUAUUAUCUUCACGUAAUUACGCCAUUAUUGUUGUCAUUGUCGUUGUCUGUCACGCUCUAGACAAAAUUAGUAAUACAUUACCUCUUAGUAAAAACUUUCUUAAGGGUAAUAAAAUCAAAAUACACGUUAUUUUUAAAAGUCGCAGAACAAAUGUUGGUCUGUGGAGUAUACUAGUAGGCUACAGUUAUUUUUCUUGCUUUUGUUACAG